AUGGAUUGUCCGUAUACUCCUUAUGAAUUGGAUUUGGCCAUCCAUGAUGCUCCUCUGGGAACAGCACCUGGGCCUGAUGGUAUUAUGAAUGAUUUUCUCCAUCAUCUUGGCCCUGUUGCUCGAAACAUGCUUCGGAGAAUGAUAAAUACUUCCUUUGCAUCUGGAGAGCUUCCUCCGCAAUGGAAAAUAGGGGUGACGGCCCCUAUCCCUAAACCGGGUAAGGACCCCAGCCGUACUGAUAGUUAUCGUCCAGUGACAUUACUAUCAGUCUUGCUUAAGGUGGCCGAACGUAUGGUCCACCGAUGCCUAACAGCAUUAUUCCCUCAUCACCGUCGACAAUUUGGAUUUAUGGCCCUCCGAUGUACUACGGAUGUGGUAACUCUUAUGUUGGAUCAGAUUACCCGUGGUCUUAAAUGA